CGUAUACCUCUUUAUUUCUUAGAAGUGAAUUGUCUGAUAAAAACGGAUCGAAGGUUGCGUGCCGUCUAUUGUUGCAUGUGUAUGAUACGAUAAAAUGUUUCGACGGAGCUGCUGUACUACCGAUCUUCUCCCCGUUUGCUUCUCGGGAGUUUUAGCUAUAACAAUUUCAAUUUCGUUUGUGAUAGCUGUUGCGCGAAGUGACAUAACACCAUGGUUUCCUGCUAUCAGUGACACAGCAACAAAAUCUCCGGAGAGUAAUGUGUUCUCACAGUUAAUGAAUAUUUCCACGUUUGUCGGCUUUGUUUUAGUCUAUGUUCGUUUUUUGCAAGUGAAACGUGAUGUUGGUUAUUUGAUGGGGAGCCGUGGCCUCUUGGCUAGGAAUUGUUGGAGUUUGUUCUUUGGCUUAUUGGCCAUCUUUGGAGCAAGUAUUGUGGCAAAUUUUCCUGAAACACAAAUAGAGGCUGUUCAUGAUGUUGGUGCAGGUAUAUUCUUUGUAUUCGGAAAUAUCUAUGCCUGGAUCCAAGUUCGAAUGUCUUUUUAUAUGAAGAAAUUUGGAUUGGUAUCUGUCUAUGUCUGCAUUGUGAGAACAGUAGUUUCUGUAAUCUCCACCUUAAGUCUUCUUGCUUUUUUAAUCCUGACGUCUUACGCAGCAAGAUUGUGGGAUGGCAAUAAGUUUUAUUGGCAUUCAGAUGACCCAGGUUAUACAGCCCAUGUGGUUGGUAAUGCCUUUGAAUGGGUUUUGGUAUUCAAUUUCCUGAUCUUGGUAUUAACAUUUACAAAAGAGUUAUGCAAUAGUAGGUUAGAAAUAAAACUUGUUGGUUAUCGAGAUAACUAUGAACCAAUUCCAGUGUCAACUUGAAUGAAAAUUUGGUUGCUCUGUUUGUGUAAAGCAUGUACUAGAUUAUUAAUAAUAUAGUAAUAUUUACAUAUGUUUAAACUAUUAUUUAUAAUCUAGAUUAAUUUAGACAUGAACCAGAGUAGUUUUCAGUUUUGCUAGCAUAGUCUCUUGCAAGUAACUAAAACUUUAACAACACUGAACCGAGAAAAUAAAAACUGUAAUUUUAUAAAACUAAUCUGAUGUACAUGAAUGUAGUAUACAGUAGUAACUAGGGAAAGUACGUAAUACCUCUAUAUUGCAAGCCUUUCCAUGCCCCAGGUUUUAUUGUUAUCUUUCGAGGUCUUGAUAAUUUAAAAAC